ACGGUUGUGUCGAGGACAUCCCUGCUGUACGCCCGGGUUCAGCAGCAUUUGGAAGCAGAUUUCUGUUUUUUUGCCUUGGUUUGUCAAGGCAGGGGAUCUUGUGGGAGUGGUGCUUUGGUUUACAUGGUUUAUCACUCCUCGUUGGAGAUCACAACAACUUGGUUCCAAUCAUUUUAGGCUGCAAUAUGUCUCAUCAAACUGGAAUUGAAGCGUCCGAUGAGCUGAAUGAGCUCUUCGGGAGGUUGUCGUCAUCUAAUAUUCGAGCGAUCAAAGUGAGCAUUCUAGACGACAAGCUGCAGGCGACAUCCACCGCAGAUGCAAGUGGCGACUGGAAAGAUGAUUAUGACCGCUGCGUUCUGCCUAUGCUGGAGGAGAAGGAGUCAACCUAUGUUCUGUACCGGUUAGAUUCUAAGAACGAUCAGGGUUACGAGUGGGUGUUUAUCCUGUACAACCCUGACUUUGCCCCUGUCCGACAUAAGAUGGUGUAUGCCGCUACCCUGUCCACUCUCAAGCAAGAGUUUGGUGGUGGUGGACGUUUUGCCCAUGAGCUGUUUGGCACUGCGAUUUCGGAUGUCAAUUAUUCUGGCUACAAGAAGCAUCUUGAGGCGAAGGAUGCUCCUGCACCGCUCACAGCCGAGGAGUUCGAGAGAGAACUGGUCCUUGAAGCCGAGGCGGAGGCACGCACGCAGAUCAACACAACCUCAAAAUCAUCCCAGCUGGUUGGCUUGAACUUCCCAAUGUCAGCCGAGGCCAUUCAAUCUGUCGAGCAGCUGUGCUCCAAGAAGAUUCAGUACUGCAGUCUGUCCAUUGAUGUCAAGAAGGAGGAGAUCAACUUGGCCGAUUCUGCACGGAGUCUGGAAGCCGGCGAGCUGGCAAGUCGUGUUCCCGAUGACGCACCUCGCUAUCACUUCUACUUGUACAAACAUACGUACGAGAGUGACUAUAUGGAGAGCAUCGUGUUCGUCUAUUCCUGUCCCGGCUACAAGUCUACAAUUCGUGAGCGUAUGCUCUACUCGUCAUGCAAGGCAGCGCUCACAGAUAGUGUUGAACAGCAGUAUAGUGUGGAGAUUGACAAAAAGAUCGAGGUGGAGAACAGCAAAGAUGUCGGAGAUGAGGAUUGGCUCAUGGACCAGGUGCACCCCGCCAAGAUUGUCUUCAAGCAGAAGUUCGCUCGGCCCCAGCCCCCGGGCGGCCGUCGUCGUGCUGGUAAAUAGAGUACACACGAGUACAGCACUCUCGUGUCUGCGCACACACACAUUUUAGAAAAGGGCUGUGGUUGUAGACGAGCAGCUUAACGGUCACCGAUAAAGAAUUUUUUAGCUUUCUCCCAUUGUCAGAUCAGUGUAACUUAUCGAUCUCCUUGAUGUUUACGUUUAGGUGCGAUUGCCUUUACGUUUAGGUGCGAUUGCCUCGCCUGGACACCUUUCUACUUGCCCUUCUAUUUUUGUAUGAUACUCCAUUGGCAUUAAUUAUUCUUUGAAAUUCUUCUAGCAACACCAGGUGGUUCUCCUCUUGCACCCCACACUUUCAUUCUAGUCUCUAUCGAGCUGUUCAAUGACAGUAUUGACCAUGACAUACUUAACACUGAAGUGAAAUCUGAA